AUGUCCUGGAAAGAAACGAACAAGACGUUACAGAUCCUCAGGUCGGCAGAGGAGGGCGGUUAUGGAGUCAUUGCAGCAAUCGCUUACAACGUCGAGCAUGUGACUGCCUUUGUGCAGGCUGCGAAUAACCGGAAAUCACCCAUUAUACUUCAGCUAUUCCCUUCCUCGUUAAAACUCACACCGUCUCUUGUGUAUGCUGCAGCGGCGGCAGCUCGCUUGGCUGCCGUUCCAAUUGCAGUCCACCUCGACCACGCCCAAGAUGAAGAACAGAUCAAAUAUGCGGCUGACCAUUAUCCUUUUGACUCGAUCAUGGUGGACAUGAGCCACUACGAGAGGGCAGAAAAUAUUGAAAAGACCAGGACAUUGAAACACUACUGCCACUCGAAGCAGAUAGCGGUGGAAGCGGAGACCGGCCGUAUCGAGGGCGGCGAGGAUGGGAUUAUGGAUACCGGUGAUCUAGCUGGCAUCUUGACGAGUGCGGAAGACGUGGAGGACUUCAUUUCGGCGGAUGUUGAUGCCAUUGCGCCGAGUGUCGGUAACAUCCAUGGAGACUACGGGGCCAGAGGGCCGCAGUUGGACUUUGAAAGUGUCUACCAGCAAAUCAAUAAGCGUGCUCGAUUGGUCUUGCACGGGACCAAUGACUUCACUCCUGAGCUGAUGAAAUCAUGCGUCCAAGCUGGCGUGUCUAAGAUCAACGUGAACAAGCUUUUGCUAGCACCGUGGCAGCAACAUAUCGAGGGAAAUAUCCACAAACCUCUCACUCAAGUCAUGCAAGAAGGCAUUGAGAUCCUCACGAAGGAGACGGAGCGCUGGAUGGAUAUUGUAGGAAGCAGUGCUAUCGGCCUUUUGCCCGAAGGGCACACCAUACCCCGCACCAGUCAACAGACAAAUACAAGCACGCUAAUUUCUCACAACCUCACUUCCACGACCAUUUAUAUUUCUGUAUAUCUGGGAAUCUUCGCACUUGCUCGUAUGAUGUCGGGCGUUUCUUCGCGGUUCGUCGCCCAUGACGGGCGCUUCAAUCAAUUGCUCGGCGGCUCUCCGAAGAUAGAACUGCUUGCUGAAAACAAUGUUUACCCAUUCGCACACGAGGCUGGUGUGUAUAUAAAAUCUACCAACGAGCUUUUCGUCACAAGCAACCGCUUCGGUGACAAGCCAGAUACACCUAGCCACCUUCAACGUGUCCAGAUCUCAAAAAUAAUCAUCAAUGACGACGAUCUAUCCAAAAGUGUAUGCGAGGAGAUUGAUUCGAGUGCUAUCCCCAUGGGCAACGGCGGCGUCAAUUACAAGGAUGGAAUAUUGUUCUGCGGUCAAGGUUAUUAUGACAAGCCGAGUGGGCUUUAUGAAAUGAGUGCCACCGCGCCAUAUAAUGUGCGACUGCUGAUCUCCGACUUCUACGGUCGUGAUUUCAACUCUGUCAACGAUGUGAUUGUUCAUGAAGAUGGCUCAAUCUGGUUCACAGACCCGCCUUACGGCUUCGAACAGAACUAUCGCCCACCAUUACGACUGCCUCCUCAGCUAUACCGAUAUAAUCCGAUAACUAGAAACAUACGGGCCAUGGCAGAUGGGUUUGGGCAUCCUAACGGAUUGUGUUUUGCGCCGGAUGAAAAAACCCUUUAUGUCACCGACACGGAUUGGUUGCAUGGGAGCGGCAAAACAUAUGCCUUUGAUAUAAUCACAAGGCACGGUGAACCUUUCCUAGCAAACCGACGACUCUUUGCUAUGACGGAAAGCGGCAUUCCGGAUGGUAUCAAAUGUGACAUGGAAGGUAAUGUGUAUAGCGGCUGCGGUGAUGGCGUGCACGUCUGGUCCCCUGGUGGAGUACUACUUGGAAAAAUCAUGGUCGGAGGCCUCGUAGCCAACUUCUGCUUUGGGCGAAACGGAGAUAUGUUCUUGCUCAACGAAAACCGAAUCUGGCGAGUGAAAAUCGGCGAGCAUGUCCAAGGUGCCCUUCUAAAGCUUUGA